CUUCAGUUCGGAGUCCAUUGAGAAGAGAUAGUCAUCAGAAAUCAGAAUGGUGCGUGCAGCGAAGAAGAGGGAAGCAGGUGGGGAGCCAAAUCCGGAAGCGAUAAAGCGCAAGAGGCUCAAAGGGUUGGCCCUUUCUAAGAGCAUACUCUCUGAGACGCCCGCGAAGAGCCAUGUUCAUCUCGAGCCUUCUAAGACAGUAGUUAAGCAUCACGGUUCAGACAUUCUCAGAAAAUCUCAGAGAAAGAACAGGUACUUAUUCUCCUUUCCGGGCCUCAUUGCCCCCACUGGCGGUGGAAAGAUUGGCGAGCUUAAGGAUUUGGGAACUAAAAACCCCAUUCUCUACCUCGACUUCCCUCAGGGCCAAAUGAAGUUAUUUGGGACUAUCGUAUAUCCAAAGAACAGAUACCUGACUUUGCAGUUCUCCCGAGGCGGAAAGAAUGCAAUGUGCGAGGAUUAUUUUGACAAUAUGAUUGUAUUUUCGGAUGCAUGGUGGAUUGGGACAAAAGAUGAGAACCCAGAAGAAGCCAGACUUGAAUUUCCUAAGGAAUUCUAUGAGGGACAACCAGCUGAAUAUGACUUUAAAGGUGGUGCAGGUGCUGCGUCUGCAGUUAAUCAAGGUGUCCCCAAAAAUAGGAUGCAAUGUGCUGAGAAACAAUCACCAAAGACCCCCCCUGAGGAUGAUUUUUCCGACAGUGAAAACAAUAAAAAAGACACAGAGGAGGUUGUUCCAGUUCGACGCUCAGAAAGAACCCCAAGAAAAUCAUAUAAAUUUGCAGAUGCUUCUAGUGAUGAAUCUCCUGAAAGCAGCCCAGAUCUCUCUGAUCACGAGGAAAAAUCAUUGAUGCAGAAAGAAAGUCCAUACAUGGUGGUUGGUGAUGCUAAUGAGGAUGCUGCAGAAGAAAUUCAGCUCCCUGAGGAAAAUAGAAAGUGUGCUUCAGGAUCUAUAUCUAAAAAGGUCUCUCAAGUUUCUUCCACAUCUGCAACUCAGGAAGUUUCAAGCAGUAAUCAUGGUUCACUUGUCCAAGCUACUUUAUCCACAUUAUUCAAAAAGGUGGAAGAAAAGAAGGCUCCAAGAACCCCAAAGAAACUUUCAUCAUCAAAAGAUUCCACCAAAAAGUUGCAGGAUGCUGGUUCAAAAAGGAUCAUAGAUCUGGAUGAAGGGUCCAAGAAGAGAGUGAAAAAGACAAAGGAAAAGGAUGCCGGUGGAAAUAAGGCGGUGAAGGGUAAAAAACGGAAGGUUGAAGAUGAAGUUGAUGACAUUGAAGAAGUUUCAAGUGAUUCAGAGGAUGUGGAUGAAAGCGAUGAAGAUUGGACUGCUUGAGCUUAUGAUCUGGAUUGCAGGGAUGAUGCCACAAUUUCAAGCAAGUGAAGUGAUGCUAUUUUCCCUCCUAAAAUUGUUGAUGUGAUGACUGAAGAAGGUUGACACUCUCGCGCACACAGUUCAUGCAGGAGAUAUAUCAUUGUGAUAUGGUGAAGAAAGAAUGGAAAUGAUUUACAGAAAAGAAAUAGAGAUGCAUGGAAGAUGAAC